AUGACGAUGUACCUGCUGCUUCCCAUUGGCCCUCACUUAGCUGUGUGUCUCCGUUUCCCCAGGCGUCAAGGAGAGCAGGGUCCUGUGAACACCGUGGUCUCUACUGAGCGGGGCCUGUGGGAUCCGGUGGCAGGGUGGCAGGCGGGAGUGAUCCGACGUCUGCCCGGUGCCUUUGAAGAUGAGUCUCUGCGACUUCGGCAGCUGCGACUGGACAAUCAGAGGGCGCUGCUGGAGAAGAAGCAGAGGAAGAAGCGCCUGGAGCCCCUCAUGGUGCAGCCCAACCCCGAGGCCCGGCUGCGCAGGCUGAAGCCCAGGGGGAGCGAGGAGCAGACGCCCCUGGUGGAGCCUCAGAUCCUGCACCAGGACGUGGUCCUCCACGGCAUUGAUGGGCCAGCCGCCUUCCUGAAACCAGAGGCUCCCGAGUCAGAAAGCAGAGUGCACGUGCUCUCCGUGAGCUCUUCCACCCCUGACGAAGACACAGAAGGCAGCGUGAAUGAGGAGAGCGCUUCGCCCAAGCCAGACCUGCAGGAGAUCCUGCAGAAGCACGGUAUCUCCAGUAGUUUGAACUUCGACGAGGAGGAGUCCGAUGGUGAGGAGGAAGAAGGGAAGAAAACAGGUUUCCAGUCACCGCACUCAGAAAGGGAGAGACCCAGCUCUGCGUCCUCACCAGAGCCAGCCUCGGACCCGGGCGCUUCCUGUUCCGCAGCCCCGCAGGCUGAGCUGCAGCUGGGGGAGGUGGAGAACUUGGAGGACUUCGCCUACAGCCCGGCCCCGCGGGGCGUCACGGUCAAGUGUCGCAUCACCAGAGACAAGAAGGGGAUGGACCGCGGGCUCUUCCCUACCUACUACAUGCACCUGGAGAAGGACGAGAGCCGCAAGGUAUUUCUCCUUGCAGGUAGGAAGCGGAAAAAGAGCAAAACAUCCAACUACCUGAUCUCCAUUGAUCCCACGGAUCUGUCUCGUGAAGGGGAGAGUUACGUAGGCAAGCUCAGAUCCAACCUGAUGGGGACCAAGUUCACUGUGUAUGACCACGGAGUCAACCCGGUCAAGGCCCAAGGGCUGGUGGAGAAGGCCCACACCCGACAGGAGCUGGCGGCCAUCUGCUACGAAACAAACGUACUUGGAUUUAAAGGCCCCAGGAAGAUGUCCGUGAUCAUUCCUGGGAUGAAUCUGAACCACGAGCGGAUCCCGUUCCGGCCACGGAAUGACCACGAGGGCUUGCUGUCCAAGUGGCAGAACAAAGCCAUGGAGAACCUGAUCGAGCUGCACAACAAGGCCCCGGUGUGGAGCGACGACACGCAGUCCUACGUGCUCAACUUCCACGGCCGCGUCACGCAGGCCUCCGUGAAGAACUUCCAGAUUGUCCACGGGAACGACCCUGACUACAUAGUCAUGCAGUUCGGCCGCGUGGCGGAGGACGUGUUCACGCUGGACUACAACUACCCGCUGUGCGCGCUGCAGGCCUUCGCCAUCGGCCUGUCCAGCUUCGACAGCAAGCUGGCGUGUGAAUGAGGACGCCCGCGGGGGUGCUGCGCGUGCGUGCCGCUACGCGGGGGCACACACACCUUCUCUGGACUCCAAAGACUGGCAGGGAUCAGGGUUCAGCCUGAAAGAGAGACGGGAGCGCAGAGAGCUGCUUCUUGUCUAGUUGGGGGGAGAUUCCCACAGCUGGG